AAUUCAAUUCCACCUUGUUAUAAAAAUAUUAGUUUCAAGAAAUGGCUGUACAUUUCUUUAAAAGUGUAGUAGCAUUUUUGUUUUUGUUUUAUGGAUUAGCAAAUGGAAGAGUAUUACAAUGGCCAUCAGUUGGAAUAAACAUAUUUGGAUUUAUUCCAACAAUUUACGUAGAUCAAUCUGGUUUUGCUCAAUUUCAGAAAAUUCAAUCUGCCAUUGAUUCAAUUCCUUCUAAUAAUUCUCACUGGACUUGCAUUUUCAUUAGACCUGGCUUGUACAAUGAACAGGUGACAAUUCCAGUUGAUAAACCUUUUAUUUAUUUAAGAGGUGCAGAUGUGAAAACAACUAUUGUGACAUGGGGUGCUCAUGACUCACUCAUUACAAGCUCAACUUUUUCCUCUUUUGCUGACAAUAUUGUUGUGGAAAAUUUAAAUUUCACAAAUUCUUACAAUUAUCCACCUAUGAACAACAAAAAUCAAAUGAAACCAGCAUUAGCAGCAUUGGUGUCUGGGGACAGAACUUCAUUUUAUGGUUGUGCUUUCUCUGGUUUACAAGAUACUUUGUUGGAUGAUAAUGGCAAACAUUAUUUCAAGCUUUGUACAAUUGAAGGAACCAUGGAUUUCAUUUUUGGUUCUGGUCAAUCAAUUUAUGAGGAUUGUACAAUAUUGGUGAAUGCUGGAUCAGUAGCACAGGAUUAUACAGGAUUCAUAACAGCACAAGGAAGGUCAAAUCCAAAUGAUGAAAAUGGAUUUGUGUUCAAGAAUUGCAAAGUGAUUGGGACAGGCAAGGCAUUCUUAGGAAGGGCAUGGAGAGGUUAUGCUAGAGUCAUAUUUUAUAAGACCUCCCUCUCCAACAUCAUUGUUCCUAGUGGUUGGGAUGCUUGGAAUUUCAAAGGCCAUGAGGACCAAAUAACUUACUCAGAAGUAGACUGUGAUGGAGAAGGAGCAGACAGAUCCAAGAGAGUUAAAUGGGAAAAAGAGCUAAGCAAAGAUAUGGUGGAGUCAUUGACUGAUUUGUCCUACGUUAACACUGAUAAUUGGAUUAAUGCACAACCUUUUAUCUUAGCAAAUUAGAGAAUUAAGGGUCAUAGUUUAGUAAGUUAUGUGUUUUUCUUUCUGUUGUUUAUUUUUUUUUCUCUUAUGUAUGACUCUUUACAACACUUAUGUUUACUUUUUGUAUCCAAAAACUUGAAUAGAAUACCUAGUUCUAUUUGAUGUUUGGUGCAAAUUCGAGAUUUGGUUUUA